UUUCAAGCUGGCUUAAGUCCUGCCUUCAGGCUUAGUCUGUUCCAUGAUCUGAGCUUUGCAUACUUAUUAUUUACAAUUGUUGGCUGUCAUGCAUAUUUAAUUGUUGCUGAUUAAGAGCUUGGGUAUGUAUGCCUUCUAAGUUAGCUGUUUCCAGGGAAUCCCUAUGGCUCCUCUUUGGGACUUCUCUAGGGGCCAGUUUGUUGGAGUGCUUAGUGCCUUGGACUUCAUAUUGAUAUUGAGAGAGCUUGGAAAUAACGGAUCAGAUUUUACUGAGGAAGAACUUGAUACACACACAAUAUCCGCUUGGAAAGAGGGAAAAUCAUAUCUGAAUAGGCAAAUAGAUGGACAUGUCCGGGCUCUACCUAGACAUCUCAUACAUGCUGGGCCAUAUGACAACUUGAAAGAGGUUGCUUUGAGAAUAUUGCAGAAUGAGGUGGCUACAGUUCCCAUUAUCCAUUCAUCAUCAGAAGAUGGCUCAUUUCCUCAAUUACUGCAUCUUGCCUCACUCUCUGGAAUACUGAAAUGAUGUUAAUUUCCAGGUAUUUGCAGGUACUUUAGACAUUGUUCUGGCACCUUACCCAUGCUCCAACUACCGAUUGGUGCAAUACCAGUGGG